AUGAUGACCCACACGGUUCGCCUGCUCCUGGUCCUGGCCCUGGUCUUGCACCAGGCUGCCGGUGAAGCCACUUGUACUUGGGCCGUUGAGCGCCUCGGCACCUCCGAGACAUGGUCGUCGGCCUCGAGCUCGGGCUCUGCCAUCCUCAUCCGCAGUUCUGCCACGGAGGCCACCACGCUUUCCGUACAAUUCACGAUGAGCACUGCUGAGGUCUCGGCCGCAGACCUGCAGCUCGCAACCAGAUUUGGGCCCCCUUUGGGGAACAAGGAAGUGCAAUACAAUGGCUCGACCUACAUCCUCCCGGCCCACGGUGCCUCACAGAUGCGCCUGCGCAUCCUUGAUGCUGCCGUCCUGGAUACCAGCGACCCACAAAUCAGCUGGACCGCCCACUUGUACAUCCCCGCUUUCACAAGCGAGGUGCCCCUGACUAUUGCUCCCGAGCGCAUGCCCGGUAGUUUGGGCGAAGCCAUCAGCUGCGGCGAUACGCCCGCAUUGGCCGUGGUCGUUAAUUACACCGGCGAUAACUACGUGCCAAGCAUCGUGUCAGCGACUCGUCUCUCACCAGACUUGCUGGAUCUUGGAGAAAGCCCUGCCUUGGCCAGCGCUCGCAUCGUUGUACUUGACGAUGCUGAUCGCCUCAUGAUCUGCAACCUCACCUACUCCAGCCCUGCCAGCUUCAACUUAACCUUGACCACAAUGUCCGAAUCAGCUGUGAGCGUGGGUACCGGCCUCUGGCGCCACGAGCUUGUUGUGACGGCCAUCCUGCCUCGUUGGAAGGGCAACAUCUCCUUCACCGACCCCACCCUCCUCUGCUGGGACGGCAUGCCCAAUUCUGUGAGCGUUCUUUCCGGCCCAGUCCUCAACCACCUCGAUUUUGCCACCCUGGACCAACUGGACAUCACUGGUCCUGAAAUCUCCGACGUCAUCUUUGGCCCCGCCGUCAACGCUUCCGUCAUGACAGGUGUUGCAUUUAGCCUUGAGUUGCGCGCUUUUGACUCUGAGUCUGGGAUGAUCAACGCAUGCCUCGGCCUGAUCUCGCUCGCGUUGAACGGUCAGGAGGUCGCUCCCUAUGUCUACUAUGCACAUUUUCUACCGAUUACCGGGUCUAGCCGCGGUGGCAUCUACGGCAACACGGCUGCCGAGCUUCCUGCCGCCAUUGCUGCACCUCCAGGUAGCUCCUUGAUCUUAUCGACACUCCAGUGCACGGAUCAGGCCGGAAACGUUGGCCACAUGAACGUGUCGGAGCCCUUGAACUACACCAACUUUGACGAUGUGCCACCCGUCAUCGAGGACCAUUACAUUUAUCAGCGCAAUGGCACCGUCCAUUUGAAUUUCAACGCGACGGAGGAGGGUGUCGGUCUCGCUGCUUGCGGGGCUGAACUGUGGCAGGAUGCCAUUCUUCCCAACCAUUUGAAACAGCGGCCCAUAGUUUUUCAUCAACCAUUGCGCGCUUCUUCGAACCGCUCAUUUUAUGCCGAGAUGUCCUUCACAAGGCGACUCCCUCUCCUGUGGACUUCCCGGUUCAACGUCAGCAUCUAUUGCUAUGAUAUAGCCUCAAAUUAUGUCUGGCGGAAUUUCACCUGGGACGCGAAUCCCGAGAACCUCACAUUUUCCACGUUUGAUGUGUCCGUGUCGGCCCUGUCCUAUCCCAGCUCAGUGCUGCGAAAUGGUCCUCAUGGUUUUAUCGAGCUUGUCUUUAGUUCCAUGUUCUCCAAUCAAACUUGUGCUCUGGAGAUGACGAGCAGCAUUGGUCGUACAAUGCACAUGAACUUAGCUACACCAAACAGGUCAUCCUCGGGCCUGACUACAUACGUUAGCCCCAUGCUGAGCAUCAUGUGGAACCAAGUGCCAGGCUACUACUAUCCCGCACGCAUUAGCUGCUUGGUGAAUAGUGUUAUGGAAUUCAUCUACAAGCCGCCCAGCCCUCUACGGGGCAUGUACUUUGAACCUUUACGUGUGGACCAGACUCCACCUCAAAUUCCCUUUGUUAAUGUGACGACGCCGCUCGUUGAUACUGAGCUUGGCUUGGCCUUUGUGGCUCUCGAUGGUGAUCAGCUCGAAAGAUGCACUGCAUCAAUCCAGGCUGCCUCUGGUCCUGCCAGUUCUGUAGUCCGCCCCUACUCCUUUGUUCCACAGCCACAAACGAGCAGCGUGCAGACGGUGACCAUCAACAUUAGUCGGUGGUUAUACGCGGGCACGUACUCACUCCAUAGCCUGAGGUGCGUCGACCGUUCAGGCAACAGCAAGUCUAUCAAACCUGACGUCGGGUCAGUUGGGCCCACCGUCCGGCUACGCUUCUCCAAAAUUUCACCGGGCGACACGACGGCCCCCGCCAUUGCUGGAAUCCGAGAGGUCGGGCAACCACCUUUCCUUCUCGAUGCCAACGAUACCAUCGCUUUUUACAUUGAUGCUGCCGACAAUGAGAGCGGCAUCCUGUCCUGCCGCUUGGGCUUCAACAACACUUCCCGAAAUGAAGCCGUGCGCAAUGCAUUCGAAGAAUGGACCGAGUCAGGCUAUGUGGAGCAGAGUACGUGCUUUGACCACCUCUUCAACCUGGCAGUCUAUGAGGUGCCGCCGGGCAUUGAGUAUUUUCAAGCCGAGGUGACUCGUUUCGAUCCCAUCCAGUUUAGCCGAAUCGUCUUCUCUGAGAGCACGGUCAAUACGAGCCAAAGUGACGUGACUGUGACCAUCACGGCCGUGCCUUCAGCAGAGGCCCGCUACGACCUGGAUACCUGCUCAAUGCAACUGGUUGAUCCAUACACUUGGAGCGACCCACCGAUUGUCAACGUUGAACUGCUACCAGCGCAAUCCAACAAGGAGCUGAUGCGUGCCAGUAUUGUCAUCCCCCGCUACUCCACACCCUUUCGCUAUUACUUGUGGGAGCUGGCCUGCUACGACCAGUACGGUCUAGCCCUCAACUAUAGCGUCUAUUCCGAUCGCUAUCUACUCAACGACAUUGACAACCUCGGCUUUACAGUGCUGGAGCAGGUUGAUCAUGGAGACAGCUCACCGCCCGCUUUCGUCAACUUUCAAGCAAGCGGCUGGGUGCUUGAUCUUGACGGCUCUGGUGAGGCUGUGAUCUUGCUUGUGGAAACCUCGCCGGUUGGGCCUGCUCCGUUGGCCAAAUGCAUUGCCAAGUUUGACAGGAUCAAUUCGGCGGAGCCAGCAUCCUUCCAGAUUCAGCUGCUACCCAACUUUUACGAGACCUCGGCCGAGGGCACCAUCACCGUCAACAAAGUUACACAGCGCGGUGUAUACAAUCUCACAUCCCUUGCCUGUUCCGAUGAAAUCGGCAACACGGUCGUAUCCCAUCCCGACUACACCCUGGUGGUGGUUUACAAUGAAACAGUGACAACCACGGCCGCUCCGACUCUGGCCGCGUCCUCCAACCGUCCCGCCACCACGCGGGCAGCACAACCACCCACGACCGCACCCGGCGCUGCUAGCACCGUUGCUUCUUCAAAUUCGAGUUCUGACUCCACCGUGCUCAUCGUCAUUGCCGUCCUUGCUGUGCUUUUGAUUGUCGCGGUGGUUGUGGUGGUACUGUUGUGGCGCGCGCGCCGUCGUGCUGGCAAGCCUGGUCCCGGGCCCAGUGCCAUUGGAGGCACGAGUCAGCUUUUGUUCAUGAACAACAUGUAUGCCGAGCAGGCCGAUGAGGUUCACUCCCUCAAUUCCAACCUCCAUCAGCUGCGAUCACCACCAGGCGCUCAGAUGUCUGGGGUUGCUGCUCAAAACGGUACCAUGCCACCCACAGCCGUGUCCACUCCCACGCCAGCACCCGCAGCACCUCGCCGAAACAAUCUAGGCAACCCUUUCUUGCCACCGGAUGAAGCUCCUACAGCCCGUGAUCUUGAUCAAUACGCAUACGCAGCUCCACCCUCAGCACACGUUUCCGAUACGUACGCGGCAGCGGGGGCUACAAGUUCCCACGACAACGACUAUCUUUUGCCCUCUACAGGUUAUGCGUCGUUGACGCCUGAUCGCACACCUUAUGAUACGGCGCCCGGUGCGCAAGCUCCGGCUGGAUAUGCGGCGCUAUCACCUGAUCACGCAGCCUACGACACGGCUCAGCCUGGCAAAGCAGACUACGCGUCAUUGACCUCAGAUCGAGUGGCCUAUGAGCCCAGUCGCCGCGAAACACAACGCCGUCGCGAGUUUGCUGCGUAUGAAACGGCAUCUGGAGCUGAGGAGCCGGAUCUGUAUGCUGAGGCACAGGCACCCUUUCGUUCGCGACAAGAUACUUUUGCGUAAAGCCGAUGAGCCGAGCUUAUAUGCUCCGUUUGACGCUACGCUCAUCGCAUCUGCCUGGGCUUUUCAGGAUUUGAUUUUUCUUGACUUUUUUUUCUUUUUCGAAACAAAAGCUUCCCCUCCUUUGACCGUUUUGUUUCGAGUGCCCGGGGAGCUGCAAGACUUG